AUGAAUCUAGCCUACUCCGACGAAGAGUUCCCUGGCGAUAGAAGUUCGAAAGCCAGAUGCCGAGUAUCGAACGAUCAGUGGAUCAACAACCACCCAUUCAUCAACGCUAUCACCAUGUCCGAGAAAGCGGAGAAGAAAAUGAAGCAGAAGGAGCUUAAACGGAGGAAUAUAACUGCCUCAGUAGAUCGGAUUGAAGAAUUUUUGCAAAACUACCAACCUGCGCGGGAUGCUGGAGAAGUACCACUCAGAUUGGAACGGUUGGAGCAUUAUAUGGAGCUGUUCGAGACGAUUCAGGGAGAGUAUGAAGCCUUUGAGGAUUCCGAUGAGUUCGCGAAGGUCAACUUCACUGUGCGAGCAAAAUUUGAAGAGCAAUAUUUUCGGGUCAAAGCGGGUCUCAUGAGCAAACUCCCUCCUCCGACGACCGCUAUCGUCCGAGAUCAACAAGCAUCAACUCACCAACAGGGCUUAUCAUCGCCUUUGGCUGGGAUAAAAUUACCAACAAUUAAACUACCGGAAUUCGAUGGAAACUAUAACGACUGGCUGAGCUUUCAUGACACAUUCCUCGCAUUGAUCCACACAUCGAUUGAACUGACAUCGGUGCAGAAAUUUCACUACCUGCGAGCAUCACUGAGUGGCGAGGCUGCGCGUCUUAUUGAAACUCUGACCAUUACCACAAAUAACUACGCAGUUGCGUGGGAAAUUCUUCUCAACCGUUACUCUAACAAAUAUUUAUUGCGAAAGAAGCAUAUUCAAGCGCUUCUGGAAUACCCUCGCAUCAAAAAGGAAUCGGCAGCGUCCAUUCAUUCCAUCGUGGACGAUUUUCAGCGUCACACAAAAGUUCUCGAGCAACUGGGCGAACCUACAAAGGAAUGGAUAUUCAAAGAAAACAGUACCACUACAAAAACAAGGGUUGUUUUUGAUGGAUCAGCAAAGACCAGCAGCGGGCUAUCCAUUAAUGACGCCCUUCUUGUUGGUCCAGUUAUUCAGGAUGACCUUCUGAGCAUCAUUCUUCGCUUUCGGAAACAUCCCGUUGCAUUGGUGGCAGACAUAGAGAAGAUGUACCGCCAGGUGUUGAUUUCCACCGAAGACCAAUGUCUUCAACGUAUACUCUGGCGUUUCACACCUUGCCAGCCGAUCACAACGUACGAGCUAACCACGGUCACGUAUGGUCUAUCACCCUCAUCCUUUCUGGCAACCCGAUCCCUUCAUCAGCUGUGCGAAGAUGAAGGAAAGGAAUAUCCAUUGGCUAGUAAAGUAAUACGAAAGGAUUUUUACGUGGAUGAUUUAAUCAGUGGCGAGAAAUCGAUUGAACAGGCAAUUCAACUCCGGAUUGAACUAGAGGAAUUAUUAAAAAAGGGAGGGUUUCGGCUACGCAAAUGGUGUUCCAAUUAUCCAGCGGUAUUGGCGGGAAUGCCAUCCGAGAUGCUCGGUACAGAAUCUACCUUGUUUUUCGAUACGGAGGAGACUGUCAGAACCCUAGGAAUCUGUUGGGAACCCGCUCAAGAUAGUUUCCGUUUCGAUAUUAACUCGAACAUUUCCAACCAAAUGGCAACCAAACGGAAUAUCCUUUCCAAAAUAGCCCAACUGUACGAUCCACUUGGACUAAUGGCGCCGGUUGUUAUUGAGGCCAAAAUUUUAAUGCAACAGCUCUGGACACUUUCUUUGGAUUGGGACGCACCAGUUCCAAUUGAAAUCGAACAUAAAUGGGAGAGAUUUUGUCGUCAGCUACCAAAACUUUCCAUGUUAUGUAUUAGGCGGUGUGCUUUUGGAACCUCCCUCAUGACUUCGGAACUGCAUACCUUUGCUGACGCAUCGGAAGCUGCUUAUGGAGCCUGUGUUUACGUCCGGUCAAUAUCUGAAGAUGGAUCCGUAGAUGUUAAUCUCCUGGCAGCUAAAUCCCGAGUAGCACCAUUAAAACGCAUUACUCUUCCGAGGCUUGAGUUAUGUGCAGCAUUAUUGGGCGCCCGCCUAUACGAAAAGGUCCAAUCAGCGUUGAAUAUACCCAUAAAAUCUUCAUAUUUCUGGUCAGAUUCAACCGUGGUGUUGCAGUGGUUAAAAUCACCUCCUCAUGCUUGGAAAACAUUUGUGGCAAAUCGGACCUCUGAAAUCCAAUCCAUCACACACGGUUCAAAAUGGUUGCACGUUGCAGGGGCAGAGAAUCCUGCAGAUUUAGCAUCUAGAGGAUUGUCAGCAGAGGCACUUGUAGAAAAUAUGCUAUGGUUUCACGGUGCCAAGUGGUUAGCAGGAGAUAUGCUAGAAUGGCCGUUUCAAAUUGCAAAUGAUGCGGCAGUUGAUGAAGAGCUAGAACGUAGACCUAUUGUUCUUUCCAUUCAAACCGCUCCAAUAAUCAAUCCACUGUUCACCAGAUUUUCUUCGUACAACAAGCUUGUGUCGGUGGUGGCCUACUGCCUCCGUUUUAUCUACAACGCCCAACGUAAAAACGGUAGAAUUUAUGACAGCGUAUUAUCUGUGAAUGAACUAAACGCGGCAAGAAAAGCUUUGGUAAAAAUGGUUCAAGCGGACAUGUUCGCUAACGAUUUACAACUGCUGAAGAAUGGUGUCUCAGUAUCCAAACAAUCCAGUUUAAAGCUCCUAAACCCGUUUUUGGAUGCCGAUGGUGUGAUUCGUGUUGGUGGUCGGCUAAGGUUAUCCAAAGAGCGAUACUCGGUCAAACAUCCGAUGGUGUUACCUGGAUUUCACCCGUUCACAAAAUGUCUUAUCGCUUUUUAUCAUCAAACUGUUCUUCAUGGAGGAAUAAGUCUCACUCUCGCCGUCAUUCGAGAUAAAUUCUGGCCUUUGCAGGGUCAACGUUCUGUACGAAGUGUACUACGAAAAUGCUUCCGCUGUGCUCGUUUAAAUCCUCGCCCAAUACAACAACCUGUUGGACAGCUCCCUAGCGCUCGUGUCACUCCAAGCCGACCGUUUUCCCAUGUGGGAAUAGAUUACUGUGGACCAGUUUACAUCAAAUCCCUACAACGAAAGUGCACGCUAAUUAAAGCCUACAUAGCUAUAUUCGUGUGCUUCAGCACUAAGGCGGUGCAUAUAGAACUCGUCGGAGAUUUAUCAACUGCGGCUUUUAUUUCUGCUGUACGCCGGUUUAUAUCAAGGCGAGGAAAACCUGAACAUAUAUACUCGGAUAAUGCUAAAAAUUUUGUUGGUGCUGCUAAUGAGCUCCAUCGACUCUAUAAAAUGCUCCAACCCGGUCCAGAUGCUGAUCAAAUUGCUUCCACCCUCGCCAAAAAUGAAAUCCAAUGGCAUUUGAUUCCCCCAAAGGCCCCCAACUUCGGUGGACUUUGGGAGGCUGCUGUUAAGGUUGCAAAGAAACAUUUAUUACGUCAAGUUGGUACCGCUUCUCUUACUUAUGAGGACAUGAUUACCGUCCUCACUCAAAUUGAGGCAUGUAUGAAUUCCCGACCGCUUGCUCCACUCACUGAAGAUCCUACCGAUCUCUCGGCUCUCACACCAGCGCAUUUUCUGGUUGGUACUUCUUUGCAAGCUCUCCCAGAUGUUGACGUCCGUGCUAUCCCUACGAACAGACUCGAUCGAUACCAACGCAUUCAAGAGAAAGUACAGCACUUUUGGCAUAGGUGGCGUACCGAAUAUUUGCGACAGUUGCUGCAGCAAACUUUAGCCAACCCGGAACCUACUCCCAUAAAUAUUGGCAGUGUUGUGCUUAUGCAGGACGAAUCAUCACCACCAUUACUAUGGCCUAUUGCUAGGGUUUUGGAGAUUCAACCUGGCAAGGAUAAUGUAACACGUGUGGUCACGCUUCGCACUUCGUCCGGGAUAUUUAAACGAGCGGUAUCGAAAAUCUGCCCGCUCCCAUUGGCAGGAGAAGUGGAAUUCGAGACUACCUCUAACUAG